UGCCCGCCGGCGCCGCCGAGGACUUCGUGGCGAAGUGCCGGGAGCACAAGCUGGACUUCGUGGUCUUCGUGCGGCACGCGUCCUCGGCGCCGCUGCACGCGGGCGCCGCGAAGCGCGCGGAGAAGCCGCACGACUGGAAGAUCGCGACCAGAUGCGCGUGCUCACGCAGAAGGGCAAGGACCAGUGCGCGGCCGCGGCCUGGUUCCGCGAGCUGGACGUGCGGGCGGCGCUCACGUCGCCGGCGCGCGCAGCGCCCGAGACGGCCAUGCGCAUGACGGACCGGACCGAGACCGAGGAGCAGAAGGUGGGCUCUAUAUAUUUACGCAUGGUCGCCGGCGUGCACCCGGCGGGCAUGAGCGAAACCUGCGAGGCGCUCUUCGAGACCAUGGGCUACGGGCCGCGCGCGCCUUCUUCUUCGAGGCGGCGGGCGGCGAGGACGCCUUCCAGGCGUACGGCGACGCCGUCUGCGCCGAGCUCGCCGCCGCCGCGGUGCCCGCCGGCGACGGCGGCGGCCUCGCCGUCUUCGGCCACGCCGUCUUCCUGAACGCGAUCGCUUAUAAAGUAGCGCAAGCAGCGGGGGCGCGUCCGACGACGCGCGAAGGCGGCGCUGCUCGACAUGGACCUGGGGGAGACGCAGGGCAUCCGCGUGUCGAUGAGCGGGGACGUGGCGAAGUACCCGCUCGCGUGAGUCUA